AUGAAGUUUUCUGGGACCACUGUCACUACUCUUUUUACAGUAAUUUCUCCCUCAAUUCUCGCCGCCACUGGUUAUGGCGGUGAUAAUCAUGUUGGAUUUGACGCUCUUUCAAAUCGCGGCAACGCGCGAAUAGUUCUUCGUCAGGUCAGAGAAACCGCUUCGGCUAGUGGAUCCGGUAUUAGGUCCAGUGAAAUGACUGCGCCCCAAACCUCAUCUGCACAGGCUGCAGGGAGCGAGACUGCCACUGCGACUGCGUCGUUUUCUCUCCACUCCAUUAACCCAACGGCUAUCCCUCUUUCGGCUAUAAACACAGAUGAACAUGCGACAUCAACUAGACAGUUAAAACAUACGGCUGCGCCUGGAGCGACGCCUACAUUUAUCCCGGAUGCACCUGCACUUCCGAAUGCUGCAUUGUUGAAGCCAACUGAUUAUCCGCCACUCGAUCAAGUUCCGCCAGUUGAUUCUGAACAGGUUAAGAUGUGGGUGGAAGAAGUAAAGAAAACGGGCGUAGUAAUUCCUGGAUUGGAACCUUCGCAGCCAGGGGGAUGUUCCAAUAACUCUGCUUUCGCAAUGGAUUCCGACAGAUGCUGGUGGACGUGCGGUGGCUGCACCCGUCCUACUGACAUUGUCGAGUGUCCCGCAGCCAUGGAUUGGGGUCUUACAUACGACGAUGGACCGUCACUCUACUCCUCAGACCUCCUUGCGUACCUUGACGAGGUCAAAAUCAAAUCCACGUUUUUUGUCGUCGGAUCGAGAGUUAUAUCGCACCCUGAUAUUUUGCAGGCGGAGUAUAUGGCCGGGCACCAGAUCGCGGUUCAUACAUGGAGUCAUGCAUCAUUGACGACACUCACCAACGAGGAGAUUAUAGCAGAGUUGGGAUGGACCAAAAAGGUUAUUAAAGACGUGUUGGGAGUAACACCUAACAUGAUGAGGCCACCCACCGGUGAUAUCGACGACCGCGUUCGUGCUAUUUCGCAGGCUAUGGGACUCACACCCGUCAUGUGGAGUCGCGCAAGUGACACAUCAUUGUUCGAUACCGAUGACUUUAACAUUCGCAGCGGCAAGACAACGGCUCAUGAAGUACUCCAAAAUUGGGGAGCCAUCAUGAAGAAUGCCACAUCCCGGUCCAGCGGCUUCAUUGUGCUGGCACAUGAUCUGUUUGAGCAGACCGUACAGAUGGCCACGGGCUACAUUCUCCCGGACGCCUUGUCGCACCAGCCUCCAUUCAAUAUUCAGCCUAUCAUCAGCUGCCAGGAAAAGGAAAUGAAAGAUGCGUAUUUGGAGACCGCGGGCUCGGAAAAGAAUUCUCCAAUAAUCUCUGAAGCUAUUUCCUCCGGCGAGGUUACACUGACUGGCUCAGCAAACUCUGCGAAGAAGACAGAAGAGAGUAAAGCGUCAUCGGCAUCAUUUAUUACCUUAAAUAUUGGUGUCUGGUUGCUGCUCGUGGUGACGGUUUUGAUGACCGUCUGA